AUGGGCGUCUUCACCAAUGGCACCAAUAAUGUCCCCACCGACACAACUGACAUCCUCGCUCUUGCGCUGGACAUUGUAACCCACGCGGCCAAUAUUAAGACGUUGCUAGGUUCUCAGAACCUGCCUGCUCCAGACUUCUCGCCAGACUCGGCUGAGUUGCCUGAUACGCCUGAAUAUGCCACUCUCCGCAGCAAGCUCACUGCCUCACUCGAGGAUCUGCGGCUUCUGGUUGUCGGCCCGCGGAGCAUAAUGCGCAGCCUUAUGGGCUCAAGCAAUGACCUGGCUGCCCUCCAGGUCGCUUUCGAGUUUGACUUCUUCAAGAUCGUGCCCGUUGCGGGCGAACAGGGUAUCUCCGUGGAAGAGAUCGCUAAGCAGGCGGGUAUGGAUGCAGGCCGAGCGCUGCAGGUGCUGAGAUUCCUCUGCACACACCGUAUCUUCCGUGAGGUGAAGGAUGGUUGGUUCGCACACACUGCAUGCAGCGCUGCGUUUGGCCGAGAUGAUAAUCUGAUUGGACUUGGACAAUAUUCCAUGGACGAUAUGUUCAAAUCUGCCUCCUCAACGGCCGACUGCAUCAAGGCGUCCCCUCAAGUCUCGGAUCUCGUACACUCACCAUUCACAACGCGUCUGGGCUCGACCAUGUUUGAUUAUUACGAUAAAAACCCAGACAAGGCCGCCCGGUUUGCCAAAGCUAUGGCAGGUGUUACGACCAUCGACCGUAAACCCAACGUCCUUAGUGACAUAUUCCCAUGGGACACUCUCAAGGGCACAGUUAUCGACGUUGGUGGUGGUAGCGGACACGUCUCGCUCGCACUGGCACGCCGCUUCCCACACCUCUCCUUCCGCGUCCAAGACAGUGAGAAGAUGCUCGCCGAGGGCCGACGUGUCUUAGGCGAGGAGGAUCCCUCCGUGGCUAGCCGCAUCGACCUGCAGCAACACAACUUUUUCGAGCCGCAGCAGGCCGGUGGAAACGGCGUUGCGGCAUUUUUCCUCCGCCACGUCUUCCAUAACUGGGCUGAUGCUGACUCGAUUUCCAUUCUUCGAGCACUUGUCCCCGGCCUUGAAGCUUCGCCCGCAGGAACCCCUGUGCUAAUCAGUGACAGAGUGCUGCCAUGCCUUGGUGAUGGGACGCCUCUACAUGAAGAGCGCGCGAUGCGACGACAGGAUAUAAUGAUGUUGGUGGGACUGGGUGCUAAGGAACGUACUCGCGCCGAGUGGGAGGCCUUGUUACGGGCAGCGGAUGAGAGGCUUGAGCUGAAGGAGGUUCACGGCCAGGGGCAGACGGCGCUGUUGGAAGUUGUGUUGAAGAAGUAA